UCUUUCGACAUUAUUUUCGGGUAUAAAAAAUAGCAAACGGUUAUAGAUGUAGAGAGCUGUUUGUUUUUUGGGAACAUUCCUUUCCCCGUAAAUGUAAGUCGAUUGAAUCAUGACUCGGUCGUCACCCAACUUUUAGUUUUGUUUCCCUACCAUCCAUGCUCCCCGAUUUUAGAGCAAUGGUCCUGAAAUUUGCCUUCCGCUCACGGGUCUUCAAUUGCUAUUUUUGGAGUAGCAAGGAGCUCCACAGAAUUUGGGAGCUAAACUCGGACGCCUUCUCUAUCAACGCCUCUAAAUGCCUCUUGGAGUCUCCACCAUCCCUCUCAGAACCUCGAUAUAACACCCUCAGUUCUCUUUUGAAUGACCAAUAUUUAGCAGCCUUGGGCCAACCAAGGUGGUUACCAUGGCGCAUCUUCCAAGAAUGAGGGCCUUGGGCUGCUUUUUCUUCAUCUCCCUCCUUUCCUUCUCUUCUUUCUCUUCAUUUUCCCUUGCACUAACAGAUGCUGAGGCAACUUACAUUGCUCGCCGGCAAUUGCUGACGUUUUCAAAGCUGGAUCAUCUUUCUGAAGGUGGUAUCCUUGACUCCACAAAUUUUGAUUUUGAGCUUAACUUUACUUUUGAAAAUGAUAGGCUCAAGAAAGCCUACAUCGCCCUCCAAGCAUGGAAGAAGGCCACGUAUUCUGACCCGCACAAUACGACCGGCAACUGGGACGGUCCUGAUGUUUGUCAGUAUACCGGCGUUUUCUGUGCACCAGCACUUGAUGAUCCAAAUGUGACUGUUGUUGCUGGUAUUGACCUCAACCAUGCAGACAUUGCCGGCCAUCUUCCCGUCGAGAUUGGUUUGCUAACUGACAUCAGUCUUCUCCAUCUCAAUUCCAACAGGUUCUGUGGAAUAAUUCCAAAAAGCAUCUCUAAACUGACCCUCCUAUACGAGCUUGAUGUUAGUAACAACCGUUUUGUCGGGCCAUUCCCGCAUGUGGUUUUGGAGUUACCGAACCUCAAGUACCUUGAUAUUAGAUUCAAUGACUUCGAAGGAGCGUUGCCUCCAGCCCUUUUUGACAAGCAGCUCGAUGCCAUAUUCAUAAACAACAACAGAUUCCACUCCAACCUCCCAGAAAACUUUGGCAAUUCCCCAGCUUCAGUGAUUGUGGUGGCACAGAACCAUUUCAGUGGUUGCCUCCCAAAGAGCAUUGGCAAAAUGGGAGAAACCUUGGACGAGAUCAAUUUUGCCCACAAUGGUCUCUCUGGUUGCUUGCCGGAAGAAAUUACCGAACUCCAAAGUGCAACUGUAUUUGACAUCAGUGAAAACAAGUUCGUUGGGUCCUUGCCUGUUGGUCUAGAGUACUUGCAGAAGCUUGAAGAGAUCAGCAUUGCUCAUAACAUGUUUACGGGAAAUGUUCCUGAAUCUUUGUGUACCUUGCCAAGCGUAACGAACAUCUCUCUUUCUUACAACUAUUUCGAGAACGAGGAUGUUUCGUGCGUAUCCUCUGGUAAUUUAACCAUAGAGGACGACAGCAAUUGCUUGGAUAAUAAGCCAAGCCAGAAAACAAAGGCGGCUUGUUUACCUGUUACAAGUCACCCCGUUGAUUGCGCCAAAGAGGGUUGCAGAAAAUCCCCGUCUAGAAAUGGUCCAAAGCAUCCGGAGAAACCUCACCAGCCAACUCCUACAAAGCCAAGGCCAAGGACUCCAACCAAACCUGCGCCAAUUUCCUCUCCUCCCACACCCCAGCCAACACCAAAACCGUCACCAUCACCAACAGUUGAGCCACCAAAACAAGCACCAUCACCAAAGGCACAACCUCCUAAGGCUCCUGCACCAAUACCAACACCCGUACCAGUCGCUAAACCUCCCAAGGUAUCAAGCCCUUCACCAGUAAAGCCUGUGGAACCACCAAAGGUUUCUCUUCCGCCAGCACCAACUCCAGAGGCCACUGUCCCUCCACCUAUUUCAAAGCCACCAACUCCCAUUCAAUCUCCACCACCACCUGUUUCAGAACCACCAACUCUUAGCCCAAAACCAACUCCUGUUCAAUCUCCACCACCACCUGUUCCAGAACCACCAACUCCUAGCCCAAAGCCAACUCCUGUCCAAUCUCCACCACCACCAACCCCUACACCAAAGCCAGCUCCUAUUCAAUCUCCUCCACCACCAACUCCGGUUCCAUCUUCAAUCCCACCUGUUUCAAAACCACCAACUCCUAGCCCGAAGCCAACUCCUAUCCAAUCACCACCACCAAUCCCUACUCCUACCCCAGAGCCAACUCCUGUUCAAUCUCCACCACCACCUGUUCCAGAACCACCAACUCCUAGCCCAAAGCCAACUCCUGUCCAAUCUCCACCACCACCAACCCCUACACCAAAGCCAGCUCCUAUUCAAUCUCCUCCACCACCAACUCCGGUUCCAUCUCCAAUCCCACCUGUUUCAAAACCACCAACUCCUAGCCCGAAGCCAACUCCUAUCCAAUCACCACCACCAAUCCCUACUCCUGCCCCAGAGCCAACUCCUGUUCAAUCUCCACCACCACCUGUUCCAGAACCACCAACUCCUGUCCAAUCUCCACCACCACCAACCCCCACACCAAAGCCAGCUCCUAUUCAAUCUCCUCCUCCACCACCAACUCCGGUUCCAUCUCCAUCCCCACCUGUUUCAAAACCACCAACUCCUAGCCCGAAGCCAACUCCUAUCCAAUCACCACCACCAAUCCCUACUCCUAUCCCAGAGCCAACUCCUGUUCAAUCUCCACCACCACCUGUUCCAGAACCACCAACUCCUAGCCCAAAGCCAACUCCUGUCCAAUCUCCACCACCACCAACCCCUACACCAAAGCCAGCUCCUAUUCAAUCUCCUCCACCACCAACUCCGGUUCCAUCUCCAUCCCCACCUGUUUCAAAACCACCAACUCCUAGCCCAAAACCAACUCCUAUCCAAUCACCACAACCAAUCCCUACUCCUCCCCCAGAGCCAACUACUGUUCCAUCUCCACCCCUACCUGUUUCAAAACCACCAACUCCUAGCCCAAAGCCAACUCCUGUCCAAUUACCACCACCAACCCCUACCCCAGAGCCAACUCCUGCUCAUUCUUCACCACCAACUCCUGUUCCAUCUCCAUCCCCACCUGUUUCAAAACCACCAACUCCUAUCCAAUCUCCACCACCACCAAUUCCUAGUCCAAAACCAACUCCUAUCCAAUCACCACCACUACCAACUCCUACCCCAAAGCCAACUCCUAUUCCAUCCCCACACCCAUUUGUUUCAAAACCACCAACUCCUAGCCCAAAACCAACUCCAAUUCAAUCUCCACCAACAGUUGUUGUCUCACCACCACCAACUCCAGUUAAAUCCGCACCAUCACCUGUGCCUGGGCAUCCCCUGCCACCGCCACCAGUUGCCUCGCCUCCACCAGUUCCAACUCAAUCUCCACUACCACCUGUUCCCGUCCAUUCUCCACCACUACCAGUGGCCUCACCCCCACCUCCAGUUCAAUCACCACCUCCGCCAGUCCAUUCUCCACCACCACCAGUGUUCUCACCUCCUCCACCAGUUUUCUCCCCACCACCACCAGUGUUCUCACCCCCUCCACCAGUUUUCUCCCCACCACCACCUGUCCAUUCACCUCCACCACCACCAGUCUUCUCUCCUCCACCUCCAGUUUUCUCACCUCCCCCACCAGUUCACUCUCCACCACCACCCAUCUUCUCUCCACCACCACCAGUGCACUCACCACCCCCACCAGCACCUGUUCUAUCCCCGCCACCUCCUCCAGUACAAUCACCUCCACCACCACGAGCACCAAUUCAUCCACCUUCUCCACCUCCUGCUCCUGUGGUUUCUCCACCACCCCCAGCUUUUGCGGACGUCGUGCUUCCUCCAAUCCUUGGCGCAGCGUAUUCAUCACCGCCACCACCAAUUUACCCUGGCUAUUAAAGAGCUGAUCACCAUCAAUUCUAUGUACCAUGUUUUUUCACUAUUAGUAGUUAAGAAAGCACACAAAAGAAAUCUAUGUAAAACUCCCCGCUCAGUGAGAAAACAUACGUUGCCCAAUUCAAAAUUGUUCUUAUUG